AUUUUGGGUUGACAUGUCUCGAUUUGUCGAGGUCGAGCGGCAGAUCAGCGCCGUGCUUGAGGCCAGCAGAUCGAAUGCCAAACACGACAAUAACGAGAGCAAUGAUGAUGAUGAUGAUGCCUGCCAGACGGCGAUGGCGAGCAUGGUCGCUGCAGCGAGCGCUCUGCUGGGAGCAAAGCGAAACGCCAUCAGCACCGCGCGCGCAGCUGCUUCGACCGCGUCCGCCGCCUCUGCAGGGAUUUCGAGCACGUGGAAUGCAGAUCUACUGGCCGCGCUGGCCGAGGACGACGAGCUGGCCUUCUUGGAGCACGUUGAGGCGCAGCAAGGUCAGGUCGCAGUUCGCGCGCUCCGUGUCUGCGCUUGGCGUGCGCGCCAGACCGGCCCGUUCAAGCAGGACGUUGAUGCACACCUUGCCUUGCAAAUCGAAGCCUCGGAGCGGCGGUGGAGCGAACUCGAGCAACCCGCGGUCGCACGUGUGCCGGCCAUCUGUGCAGUUGCAAUGCAACGUCAAGUCUAUGCUCAGCUCGUGAAUACUGCUCGAGAGCACUUGGGAUUGUCAGCAAGCACGUUGCCAAGCGAUCGGGAAUGGCUGGCAACGCUGGACAAUGUCGGACUGCUGGACGACGUACCGGACGUUGCCGCCACUGCUCAGCUGGGAACGUUGCAGCCGUGGCUGGACACUCGCAUCGAUAGGACACUCGCUUGGAUGGAUUUGAAUACGGAAAAGCUGUUUGUGGAAGACUUGCCAUGUGUGCAAUGGAGCAUUCCGGACGCCGUGCGCGUUACUCUGCCACGCAUCCUGACGUGCCAUGGCAGCGACGCGCUGGUCGCCGAGCAACGUCUUCAACUGCUGAUGACAGGCCCUUGCCCGCGCUCCUUUCUCUACUCUAAAAACGCAGACCACACCUCAUCCAUGACGCCGGUGGUGCUGGCCAUCCUGGAGAGCCUGCGCUUGAUGCGAAUGACUGCAGACGAGGUCUACUUUGAAAAUCAACUGGAGCAUUGUCGAACCACUUUGACGCUACAAGGCGGCACGUUUGAUGGUUGCGCCGUCUCCAUCCUGAAUCUCAGCAACGAGCGACAAGCCGUGACAUCGCUUGUGCAGCUCUGCAAUACCAUGAUGGCUGCGACGACCGCCCCUGCGAGCGCUACAUUCGUUCAAGUACCCGACCAUGUGGCAAAAUACAUUGAGCUGGUUCAUUCCACCUAUGAACAUUUGCGGAAUCGCGCAUACGAGUACUGGACUGCCGUGAUUGGCACUCGUCCCGCCGCUCUUGAAUCACGGAAGAUUGGCGAUAUCGUUGACAAACCGCAUACAGACCUCUUGCAGUGGCUGCACAACGCCGGGAUGACUUCAAUUGCGGAAAAUCAUCUGAGCAUUGCCGAUUUCGAGCACACUGGGCGUGGAGUGCUGGCGAACGAACGCAUCGAAGCUGGUGUUGAAGUGCUGCAUUUGCCUCAGCACCUUCUCAUCAACAUUCACGUUGCAUUGGACGAAUCCCACCCAAUCGGCCGAGUCCUAUCAGACCUGCGGGACGAGUAUGACGACGACACGCUGCUGCUGCUUUACGUUCUGCACGAAAAGCUUGUCGCUGGGUCGGCCUCGCGCUGGGCACCGUUCUUUGAAACAUUGCCUGCGACGUACAACUCGCCGCUGCUCUUCCAUGUGACUGAGCUGCUGGAGCUGGAAGGCACGCGUCUCAUUGAUGAAACGUUCGAGAUCAAAGAUGGCCUCCGCGUCUUGCACGAGUCGCUGGGUCCGCUCGCUGAGGCGUACCCUGCUCUUUUCCCCACCGACGCGUUUACGUACGAAAACUUGCUGUGGGUGCGAGCUAUGAUUGACAGUCGAGCCAUGAAGCUGCCUGUUCCGGCUGCUGCUGCUGCUGUUGCUGCUGCGGCUCCUGAGGACGCCACUGAAACCCCCUUCGUGGCCAACCUCAUCCCGUUCGUUGACAUGAUCAACCACGAGGAGCAUUCGCACAUUUCGGUUCGUCGAUAUGACACGUCGGCCAAGGCACUUGUGCUGACCACGCUCGGAGCUUGUGCAGCUGGCACCCAGCUCUCGCUUCAUUACAGCACGCUGCCUUCCUGGCAGCAGCUGCUGUACUAUGGCAUGCUGAGCACUGAGUUGAACCCCCUCACUGUCACCGUUGACGUCUACUUUACUGCCAAUAAUCCGGACGAAAGUUCAUCAGACGCGGACACAGCCCCUGCUGCUGUUGUUGAUGACGAGGAGGGCGGUGAUGAUGAGUCAGACACUGCCAUGGACGAAUUGGACGCCGACUUGAACGAUGACGAGGCGCAAGAAUUGUAUGGCUCCUAUUUCGACCAGGGUCCGAUCGCCAAGUGGAUGGACGAGCACUUUUUGCCGCGCACUCACACGCUUGCGCGUGGGAUGCAUUCGUCGCUCCUCCUCCCAUGUGUCUGUGCGACAGUCCUGUCCGCUGAAGAAUUUGAGGCUGUGCGUGAAGAAACGCUGACUUUGCUGGCGCUGCAGAGCGAGUCAGAGCACAACGAGGCUGCCAACCAACUCUUGCGCCGCCAAGUGGCCCUUGACGCCUUGUCGAACGUAUCCGAAGACGUGCGAACGCGAGCUACCGAAUCGAUUGCGAGCGUUUUGACAGAGUUGAUGGAAGCGUUUGGCACGACCGCUGAAGAGGACUCGGAAUUGUUGGCCGACAGCGCUCAAACCGACGACAGCGAAAUGCUCAGCGUGAAUCGAACGCUGGCUAUUCGGUACCGUCGGGGUAUCAAGCUCGUCAUUGCAGACAAUCUCGACAAGGCCAACCGCGGUGAUUUCGGAGCCUCUGCUUACACGUAUGCUGAAGAGGAUGGCAAUGUGUGUGAUUACGGCGAGUGCAACUGAGUCUUGAAGACGUUUUGAUGAUUGCUUGAAGGGAAGGGGUUGAAUUGCAUUUGGCUCUGCGCGCCGUUUGGUGUUUGUUCGAAUACAC